GGGAGCUAAUUCACCAACAAAAGUUUGAUGUUUACAAGGAGGGAGAUCUUAAUUCAAACUAAAACAUUAAUUUUAGAUACGCAAAAAUGCCUGGUCAAAUGUUUGAUCACAUACGAGAACUUUAUCAAGCAGAGCUCUAUGAAGACCUGAAGCAAUUAGUUUGUAUAGUUCUGUCUAUGAUUGAAGGCAACGCAGGGAAUGAUGUUGGGGAAAUUUUGUCAUUUCCUCAGAAGUAUCAAAGUUUAAUUUAUUAUGGAGAUGCUCUUUACCACCUUGGAGAGUAUAAAAAAGCUGAGAGUAUAUUCAUGCGAUGUCUUCAACUGAGAAAGGCUCUGAAUAAAAGUAAAAUCAAGAGUGUCUCAUCGACCGAGCUGACAUCAGAGGUUGACCUCAAGUACAAGAUCUAUCAAUGCCUGCAUAAAAUGAAGCAGAAUGUAGAGGCUGUGAAUAUUCUUGAAAGUAUCAACACAAAGAAAAGAACAGCCAGAGUCAAUCUUGCGCUUGCUAAAUUGUAUCUCCAUGAUGGCAAAGACAGAUCAGCUAUCACUUGUUACAAAGAAUUAAUCAGAGAGCACCCCCUGGCACUUGAUGCCCUUACAAGUCUGUUAAGUCUGGGAAUGAGGGGAGUGGAUCUCAUGUCUUACAUUAUGAGCAGCAUACCACAGACAACUUGUGAAUGGCUAAACUGUUGGAUAAAAGGGCAAGCACGGAUGGCUUCUAAAGAAUAUAACAGUGCAAUAGCUACGUUUAGAUCCCUGGAACCAAAACAUGGUUUGAAGGACAAUGUUCUUAUCUUGAGUUACUUGGGGGAGGCAUGUUUUCAUGCUGGUCACUACAUGCAGGCCAUGACCCAAUUCAGACGAGUUCACAUCCUAGACCCCCUGUAUUUAAAAAACAUGGACAUCUAUGCCUACCUGUUGUCUAAAGAGAAGAAGACAGAAGAUUUGCACCAGCUAGCCCAGAGUUUGAUGUCAGUGUCUGAGCAUGCGGUGGAGCCUUGGGUUGCUAUGGGUUAUAGUUCUCUUGCACUUCACUUUCCCAACGCCAAUAAGAGCAAAACUAUUCGAGCAAUUUACUGUGCUCAGAAGGCUUAUUCUCUAGACAACUUGUCAGUUCAGGCUCUGGUUUUGAAGGGUACUGCACUGUUAGAUAUGAAGAAAGGGCCCCAGGCUUUACAGCAUUUUCAGGAAGCCAUUCGAACUGCUCCUAAUAGGUUUGAAGCUUAUCAAGGCUUGGUAGAUUGCUAUAUGAGUAACAGAAAGAUUAAGGAAGCUAUGGCGUGGGCAAUGAGAGCUUGUAAAACAAUUGGAAAUAAUGCUAGAACUAUUACUCUGGUAGCUUCUGUAUUGGCUAAGGAUCCAACCAAUUUAGUUAAAGCCAAACAGUACCUUAAUAGAGCUAUGACCUUUGACUCCAAUCUUCUGGAUCCAGUGUAUUUGAUGGUAGAUCUGCUUAUGCAAGAACAUGAUUACACCAAAGCUAUUGAAUUACUCAGAAAAGUUUUAGAAAAUCACAGCACAACAAAAUUGCAUCAGCAGUUGGCAGACUGUCUACAGAGCAUAGAUCAGAAACAAGAAGCUUUAGACCAGUACAGCAUAUCUCUCAGCCUGGACCCAAAUAAUUUCCGAGCUCGUGAAGGUUGUGAUAGAAUUGAAAAACAUAAUGAGAUGGGCCUGGAUGGUACCUAUGAUGUAGAGGCCGAGGAAAUGAUGAACCCAAGUGAUGGGGAGCCUGACUACAGUGAUAUGGAAAGUUGGUCAGAAACAGAGUUUAGUCAGCCAUGAGAUACCAGUAUUGAUUUUAAUGAGAGACUGCAUCACUCAAUAUGUAAUAAAAUAACAGAGACAAAUCUUAGAUGCCCUACUAGGCAAAAGGAUUGUUUUUCUCACUGGACGCAGGUCUGCAAAUAUUCUGCUGAUAAGUUAAAUGCCUGGACAGGCAGCCCAUUGUGAUGAUAAUCUGUUCACUGUGUGAAUUAUCAAUAAGAGAAUGUAUAUUCCAUGACUGAUGCAUGAAACUGUCUAUUUUGUGAAGAGUUUCUAGGUGGUUAAAUAGCUAUUUUUGUAUAUAUGGCGACCCUUGAAUAAUGUUCCGAAUGUAUUGAGAGAAAUAAAAUUAACUUAAAAUAUAGGAGGAACGGCUGAACUUUUAAAAGAUUCUUUUGAUAUCAAUUGCUGCUUGUAUAUUUUUAAACUAUGAAGAGUGAAUGUGAGCUAUUUAUGCAAUGUUGAAAUAUUUGAUGGCUAUAAACUUCAAAAUAAUUGACUUAUGCUUACAAAAUUAUAACAUAGAAAUGAUCUUAUUGUGACUUGUAAAUAUUUGUUGACAAGAGUAACAACAAUGUACUGUUGAUUGAGAUCUGAAAAAUAAAGCUAAAACCAAGAGCUUAGAAAUGUAAGAAAUUUAAACUCAAACACUGAAUGUUUACAGUCAUAAAUCAAACUUAACUCUAUCUUCUCCGUAAUUAUUUUCCACGUUCUGACAGAAUUAUUAAUUUAAUCCGAUUGUAGUGCACUAAUAUGUUCUAAUUAAAAUGGCAAAACUUUUUUAUUUACAAUCAUAGAAUAAUGUUUUUGAUAUUGAAUUAAAGGAAAAUGAAUGCUCUUUUUAGAUAUUACAAAAUCAAGUGUGUAAAUUGAAGUGUUUUGUUGUUUUUUUUCUUUAUGAAAAGUAAAAAUGAAAAUCUGAAAACUCACCAAUGGAUGACAAAAAAUGUAAUCCAAAUCACAUAAGGAGAUCAUUUCUAUUCCAAACUGAAUUCAAUGCUUUUGUUCUAUAAUCCUUAUUGAUAUUUUCAUGAAAUAGAACCACUCAAACAAUAAAAAACUGGACAAAACUGGAGCACAUUUAUCAAUUUCAUAGUUAGAAACUGGUUUCCAUUUUGUAAAAAUGGAUGCCCUGCGUGCUGGAGUGUUUAUUUUUAUUAUAUAGACUGCAUAACUCUUUAUUUCAUCAACAAGAUUAUCAACAAUUGCGGAAUCUAUUAGAGUGAAGCUCAGUUGACUCAGAAUUGAGUAAGCUCAUGUUGACACCUCUAUAUACCACAUUGGCUGAAGUAGAUCUAUACUUACUGGAAGGAAUAAAUCUAAAGUUGUUUUCUGUUUUAGUACCCAUCUCUGCAUUUUUCAAAUUUGUUGAAACAGGCCUAGAUCUAGAUGUAUUCUUUGUGCUAAUACAUCUAGUUUUUAGGAGGGGGUGUGGCAGGUUCAUCAGCUGAUGAACUAUCAGAUUCAGAUCUAAAAUCUAGAUCUAACACUGACACUAAAACUAUCAAUAUGAACAGAUUAAACAAAAUCACUGUUAUCUGAAUCAAUAAGGUCUUUUACAUGUUGAUCCGAAUAUGACUUAGAUCUACAAAUUUUAGCAGAUUGAUCUCCAGAUGGGCUGGGCUCCAUUUCCAAACAUAAACAAACAAACAAAACAAAAGACGACUUUCAAAACGCUCCGUAAUAUUAAAACCAUGUUGAAGGAAGUAAACAGUGAACUCUUCUGAAAGCGGAAAUCGUGUAGAUUUAGAAUAUAAGCAUUUAAAACUAUUAACCAAGAAUAGGAACGAAACAAAGAUGUUUAACUGCACCGAUGACAAUAUCGUCGCUUAAUCAGCUUUUUCAAUUACGAUGGACGCUAUUAUCGUCGCUUGGGAGAGAAAGAGUUAAAACUGUACAUUAUAAACACACAGCUUUGAACAUUUAGUGCACAACAGUUUCAGCAUGUUAUUAAGACAUUUCUGACACGUAAUGAUGGCAAUGAUUCUUAAAGCUGUGAUAAAACUUGUCAUGAAGACCAAACAUUAAUUGUACACUUCAUGAAGACCAAAUAUUAAUUGUACACUUUCUAAUAUGUUAUUUUGGAUAUGCUGUCAUUUUUUUUUCUUUUAAAAAUUGCUAAAUAAAAGGCACAUUUGUACAUUUAAAAACAGCUUUCCACUUUUAUCUAUAUUGAUUUAACUCUUUCUCUCCGUAAUUAUUUACCACAUUCUGGUGGAAUAAACGCUGGUAUCGUCAGUUAGGAGAGAUAGAGUUAAGCUGGUAAUUCUAUCUCUAGCGCUCUUGCAUAAAAAAGUCUAAAUGUGUACUUUGAAACAUAAGAUAUGUGUGGCUGAUUAUUUUCUGUGCAGUGUAAAGCUUAACAAUAACAUUGAAACUAUCUAUUGUAUUAGAUGUUUAAAAUUUGCUGAUCACUCUCCCUUAACUCUUUUAUGCUAGAUCUUGUCUUUCUCUUGCACAGUCUUUGAUGUUUUGUCAAAGUAGUUUGCCCGGUCCAACUUGAUGUCAUCUAGACUUUUAUUCUUUAGGAGAAAAAAUGCUCAGUUAAGUAAUAUAAGGCUGCAUGUUUCCUAUCAAGUUAGCCAAGAAAUAAUGUCUCCACUGUUUCAGCAUGUUUUAAAAGCUUGUGUUCAAGUGAUAUUUUUAAAAUUAAAUUUGAUAGAAAUUUAAAAUAAUUUUGUUUAACUCUUGAUACAAAUUGUGCCGAUGUUUCCAUCUAAGAUGGGCCUCUUCUUUUAAUGAGCUCACUGGCUGGCUGAUUGGAAUAAGUGUCUGUUGUAUUGUACCUUUGACUUUUGUUGACACUUCAAUGUUAACAGAUGGUCAAUCUUUUGUUUACUAUGGCAUAUGGCGUAAUCACUGGAGAGGCACUUUGCGACUAAUGUUGUGGAGAGCAUCAGUCAAAAUACAUAUCAGACAUUUGGAGGUUGUGAAAACACUUUUCUCAAUUUUUCUGCCUUUUCUUAUUUCUGAUUCAACAUUUUUCUUGAUGCCAUAAAAAAUUCAAGUAAAUGCUUCUUCUUGUAAAGUCUUGGAAGACUUUCUUAAUGCUUAGCUUUCAGGUGCUUACAAGCUGUAAGAGUUUAUUUCAAAGUCAGAAUUGGUUGAAAGUUAUUUUUUAAAUAAUUAAAAAAAAUGUAUUAAGAGUUGGUCCAAUAUAAAAGCAAAGCAUUUUGAUAUACUCUUUUCUGAUGUUAUAUUGAUCAACUGAGACAGCUUCAAAAAAGUGCUGUAUGUUUUUUUUGUUUUUUUUACUGCUUUUUCUUUACCUAACAUUAGGAGAUAUUUUUGGAGUCUGAAUUGUCUCUUGCUUGGAAAUAAUGUGUGGCAUUCUAAAUCAUUGUUUUCUUCUGUGGCAAUACAACAUCCAUGUUCUGACAACAAUCUCUACAACUGCAGCAAUAAUAGAAAUAUCCUUUUGUCAUAUGCCUGUCUUUGCACAUUAAUUGAAACUCUUUAGUCAAUUUGUUCCAACAACACCAGAAUGUGAGUAGGAAAUUCAUUUCCACUGCUUGGUCCAUAAAUAUCAUUGCUGACUUUAUUGCCUCAUUGUCUGAUUUUUGAGGAUGAAUCUGAUUUAGUGGUGAAAAACUGCUAUAAGAUUUUUGUCUCUUGACUGCUUGACAGAUGCAUGUGUUUUUGUUUUGUAAUGUCUAUUGAUUGAAAAUUUGCAUUUAUUAAUUUAAAAAAAUCUCACUUGUUAUCAGUUAAUUAAUGGAAAUUCACUGGGUAUAUUUAGAUUUCUUGCUAAAAUUUUGACUGCAUUGAACUUUAAAAUAGUUUAAUUCCAUACAAAGCCAAAGAACUUUUAAAAAAAAACUUUCACCACUUUAUUUUGUACUCAGUGAUACAAUUCUUAAAGUUCUCUAAAGACUCCUCAGUUCCUGAUGCUUGAAACCAUUGAAAAUGAUUUUUACUUUGUUUAUAAAUUUCACAUUUCUUUUGGACGGUGGUUUUAAUUCAUAGUUGGCCUCUCUACAUUGGUAGAAAUCUAACAAAAUUUUUUUGGUAAAGACAGUAAAGUCUGUUACCAUCUUGUCAUUGAGACCCUGCAGCCUUCUAACGAAGUAAUUUCUUGACCCUAUUUCUUGAAAAUCUCACAUCUGUGAAUAAAAGCAUCUAUUUUGUCAGAAUUUUUGUAAAAUGUCUACAUUUGUCAUGUUUACUAUUUCUUUGACUUCAAAUCCCCUUAUUAGCUUGUAAGUCAUUUGAAUUUUGUAUUCAUUUUCAAACAUUCUGACUUUAUGUUUCUUCUUCCUUUUUAUUCUUGGCUUAGUCGUCCAUUUUCAAACCUUUUGACUUUAUGUUUCUUCUUCCUCUUGGCUUAGUCGUCCAUUUUCCUUCAACUUUCAUUUCUUGUACCUUCAAUUUUCUUUCUUCCAUUUUGUCUUUCUCUAGCCUCUUUGUCUAGCAUCCAUCUCUUCAUUCUUCCAGAUUCACCUUUGACAUUUCUUCAUGUUUUGCAGCAUGUAAAAUCUCCCUUUUAAGUUUUUUAUGUUAUAUAUUUUUGUAAUUCUAGGGUCGCCAUGUUUGAGUUAAUUGGCAAAAUACAUUAGCUGUUUGUAGAUGAGCCCCAUGUGUUUAGACUUGAUUUUUAAAUUACUUUUUUUUUUCAUUGCCAAUUAAAUUGUUCAUCAUUGUAAGCUAUAAAUGAUUUUUGUUUUUCUAAGAUUUGUUUAUAUGAAGAAAAAAGGAUGCUUAUAUUGGCGUUGUUACAUAGGUUCUUUAAUAUAAUCUUAACAUAAAUUAAUGAAUUAAUUAAUGAUUUCAAAUUCUGAUGUAUGUAAUAAUGUCUGAUGAUGGGAUUGUAAAAAUUACAGAACAUUGAAUUGUAUUCUUGAACCUAUUUCAGUUAAACACUUGAAUUAGUGAAAUAUAUUUAAAACUUGUAAGUCUCUAGGCAGUAUUUCAUUAAGUCAGGUCAGCAGUUUUUCAGUUUUUGAUUUUGGAUCCCAAGUAAAUUAUGUUGCAAUUUCAAACGAAUUUUUAUUUAGGAUAAUAAUAAUAAGAAUUAUUUUUAAAAUGAAUAUUUGACAAUAAUAAACUAAAACUGGAUCAUAGUUUUAUGUCGUCAUGCGAUCAAACAUCUUUGUUGUCUGGUAAUUUUAUCUAAUCUGGCUUUGAAGAUCUUCAUAUAUACAGAAAGACAGUCAUCACAUUUAUAUAUACAACCAAAACACACUCAUAAAUAAUCUUUAAAAACAUGUAUUUUCGCUCACAUUCUAUGGGUGUUGAUAUAAAAGCCAUGGCUGUCUUGGAACAGUGAUAAUUGUAAAAUAUCAAAAGCUAUCUAAAUAAUCUUUUUAUUUCACUCUUUUAUUUUUAUUUGUAUGAAAAAUAUGUUCAUCUUUUAUGUGUGCAAUAUUGCUGCUUAGACAAACAUGCCAAUUUUGUUCAGUCUUGAUAUCAAUUAAUAGGAAGGCUACCUGAAGGACAUACAUUUAAGACAUGAUCAACUUCUUUGUGCUCUGUAAAUAAAACAUUCUAUAAAGGAUCACGGUAAACCUGAAGCAAAAAGUAAAUGGCUGGUUAAUAAACUAAUCAAGCUAAUUAUGCACUUUUGUCAUUCAUAAUGUGAUGUUUUUUUGUGACCUAUAAAAAAGAAAAUUGUUUAUAUAUACAUAUAAAUCUCUAUAAUGUUUUUAAUUUAAACUGAAGUUGCUGCCCAUUCAAGGCAAUGUGCAGCAAGAGAAAAAUAGUUUAUUUUAGGUUUAAAGAGAAUAUUUGUAUCUGUCAUCAUCUCAGUCUGAAAAAGGACUUGGGCUGUUGAAGUAGAGGACAUUUGAUGGUCUAUAAGUGAAAUACUUGAUAGAAUAAACAUUUUUACACAAGUUUUCUUGAUGAGUAUAUUUUUUGAUAGAACGACUUUAAACAAAAGUAUCUGAAUUUUGUAUUUUGUUCUAUAUUUAUUAGUUAGAUUUAUACAGAAAUGAUGAGAGUGAAUUAGAGUCUUCUUGACGUCUUUGCGUAAUGAACUUCUUCACUAGUUUAGUUUGUCUUUCAUUUGAAUUCUAAACAUAAAGAUGGUUACAUUUCCUGUUUUUUGUUUUUGACUCUGUGUUUCAUUUCUUUCUUUAAACAUUGACAUUAGUAAAGGAAAAAAAAUGCAUUUCUAGCUUUUAAUAUGGUUUUUUGUAAAAGUUUAUAAAAGACUAAUUUUUAGCAGCUCUCUAAAGGGGAAAAGACGCUAUUAGUUUUGUGAAAAAUGUAUGUCCGUCCUGAUUAGAUCUUGUAAACUAGAAAAGAAAGUGAAAAUCUGACAACAUAAUAUUUUAGUCCAUUCAAAGUUCUGAUGCAACGGCUACUUUUUUCUUUUCUGAAAGCGAAAAAUAUAAUUUUUUAAAUCAGUUAUGCAAGCAGUUUUUUCAUAAAAAUACACCACUCAUACAACUAUUCACUAUUAAUAGUAACAAACACACCAGGCUCUUUAGUAGGGGAGAUAUCCAUUUAUCAUAUUUUUAAUAUAUUUAUGCAAAUGGUUUUAGACUUUUUGUAAAAAAAAAUAUUUUUUUUACAUUUGUAUUGCUACGUUAUGUAAGUUCUGUCCUACUAACUACUACAUUUUACCCAAAAGUAAUGUUUAGUUUUUUUUUCAUGAGAAUAAAAGCUAUUUAGUAUGCAUAUAAGUUGGACAUAUUUAAAACAACAAUUAAUAAGUAGGUUUUCAUAUUAUUGUGUGAACUGAACUGCAGUGCUAUACUACGACCAAAGUACACUUAACUAAAGGAAUUAUUUUUUUUCCCUAAAUGUUUUUUUCUUUUUUUGAGGAUUUGAAUAAGAGAUUGACCCUUUACAAAACAAUUAGAUCAAGUAGAUAUUCAUUAUAAGACAUUAGGCCAGGUUCACAUCCAACUUCACAUUCACUUUCACCUAUCCUUUGGUCUGCUGGAACGCUGGGGCAUUUUUUCUCCAUUUUUGUCAUUUGUCUUUGAUAGAAUUUCAUUCUGAUGUCCUUUCUGAAAAUAUUGAUAGAAUUUCAUUCUGAUGUCCUUUCUGAAAAUAUUAAAAACCUGCCUUUUUACCUAGGCUGCCUGGGGGUGGACCACUUCGGGGGCUGAUUUUGAGUUUGUGUUUCCACACAAACUGUCUUUGUAACCUUGUUUAUUUUUUUUUUUUUUGGUGUUGAUUGAUUUAAAAUAGUUCAAUUUUUUUAAUACAUUUUGUUUACUGACAUUUCCACUAAUAGUUUUUUGUUUCUUAAUUUGUGCCUCAUGGCAUCAAUUGAAUGAUUUGUAGUAUAUUUAUCCUAUUUUUAUAGUUUUUCUAAUUUUGAAAUCAAUCCCUGUCAGCAAUGCAUGUAAAUAGUGAAUACAAUAAAACAAAUAAUUUUUUAA